AUGGCAACAUACAGAGAUGUCCUCCGAAUACGGAUGGCAGGGCAAUUGAUUCAGGAUGCGACGGUGGCUGGAGGGGUAGCUCUUGUUUUGCUUAUUGCUGGAUUGCUUGUUUGGUUUAAACUAUCAAGGAAGCGGAAGGCAACUCCUAGAGGUAAGGGUAUUUUGAAGAAUGGGAAGAUUGUUGCAGUAAAGAAACUAACUCUAGGCCAAUCCAACAGGGCAAAAGCAGAUUUCGUGAAAAACGAGGAUCCCUCAGGCCUCAGAUGGGAACAACGAUUUGAUAUAAUCCUUGGAACAGCUCAGGGUCUUGCCUAUCCGCAUGAGCAAUUCCAUGUAUGCAUCAUUCAUCGAGAUAUAAAACCCAGCAACAUUAUCCUGGAUGAUGAUUUCCAACCCAAAAUAGCAGAUUUUGGGUUGGCAAGGCUUCUUCCAGAAAAUCAGAGCCACCUUAGCACAAAAUUUGCUGGGACAUUAAAGAGCAGUGAGAUGAUAGCUGGUCCUGGUGCUGAAUACCUCUUCAAGAAGAGAAUGGUAGCUUAUGAGGAUGGCACAAACCUUGAAUUGGUGGAUGAAAGCUUAGACCCCAAAGAAUCUGAAGCAGAAAAUGCAAAGAAAAUCAUCGAGAUUGCUUUAAUAUGCACUCAAUCAUCACCAGCUUUAAGGCCACCAAUGUCCGAAAUAGUUGUUUUGCUCAAAAGCUUGGGUUCACGGGAGCACAGCACGCAGCCAACCAGACGAUACUUUGUUGAAUCUGUUGAAAGGGUCCAUGGGGACAGGUCCACUUCUACUUCUUCCUCCGUGGUGUCUGCUCCAUGA